AUGGGUGUAGUCAGAUUUCAGAAAUACAGAGGCCUGAAGAGCUUCCGGACAUCUCCAUGGGAUCCCAAGGAAAACCUUCCUCAAGAUUAUGCUAGGAUCUUUCAGUUUCAGAACUUGACUAAUACUAGGAAACGCAUCUUUAAAGAGAUUGAGGAAAAAGAGGUUGAAGGAGCUGAGAUUGGCUGGUAUGUGACAAUUCAUGUCUCUGAAGUCCCUGUCUCAGUGGUUGAGUACUUCAGGCGAGGAGCACCCUUGAUUGCAUUUUCCUUAUUACCUCAUGAACAGAAGAUGUCAGUAUUGAAUAUGGUAGUGAGCCGACACCCUGGCAACACUGAACCUGUGAAAGCCAAAGAGGAGCUGAUCUUCCACUGUGGAUUCAGGCGCUUCCGAGCCUCACCUUUAUUCUCUCAGCACACUGCAGCGGAUAAGCAUAAAUUUCAGCGAUUCCUGACUGCUGACGUGGCCCUGGUAUUAACAGUGUAUGCCCCAAUCACUUUUCCUCCUGCAUCUGUGCUGCUUUUCAAACAGAAUAGCAAUGGAAUGCACAGCCUCAUUGCUACAGGCCAUCUGUUGUCAGUGGAUCCGGAAAGAAUGGUCAUCAAGAGGGUUGUUCUGAGUGGUCAUCCCUUCAAAAUUUUUACUAAGAUGGCAGUAGUGCGAUACAUGUUCUUCAACAGAGAGGAUGUGCUGUGGUUUAAACCGGUGGAACUGAGAACAAAGUGGGGCCGCAGGGGACACAUCAAGGAGCCUUUGGGUACUCAUGGCCACAUGAAGUGCACUUUUGAUGGGAAGCUAAAAUCUCAGGACACAGUACUAAUGAACCUCUAUAAACGAGUUUUCCCCAAAUGGACUUACGAUCCAUAUGUUCCAGAACCAGCAUCUUGGGUGAAAAGUGAGAUUUCUUCAGCAAUUCCUGAAGUGGACAUGGAGUAAUAGAUUCAAAGGGAUUCAUAUUGCCAGUUAGCCCUCUAGGGUCAGGAACCUACAGGUUGUAAUAUGGCAAAGUUGUUUUCUACUUCAGCCUAUAGGCCUUUCACAAAUGGUUCUUCUUGACCUUGGCAAGGGGUCUCAGUUAAAUAAGUAUGUUUUUCUAUUACUACUUAGUCCAAAAAACUAUUAAAUCUUACUCAAUAAUAGCAACUCUUAAUUGGGAUUUUGAAAACUAUUUAAGAGGGGAUGAUUGAAAGUUGACAGUUUAUGACAAAGACAAGAAAACAAAAUUUCCAAGGGUCUAGAGACACUAAAUCCCAUCUCCUCUGUUAGCAUAGAUUAAACAGAAACAGAUGGAUGUGGAGCUGGUGUUUCAGCCUGUUUCACCCAAGUUAGGGAGGUUAGGUCUACAUUUCCACCACUGAGCACAAUACAAAUGUUCUUUACUUCUGGGGAAACUGUUUGAAAACGUUGAGAUAGCACAGCAGCCACUCCAACACCAGCGGUAGGUUCAAUGAGUAGUUUCAUCCUCUCCCACACCAGCUGGGUUG